AUGGUAAAACUUCUCAAUGUCUUUGAUAAUGUCAAAAUUAUAUAUUUUGGUGCAUUUUUGCUCCACCGUGUAAAUGGUCAUAACAUUGGGUUUUGCAGGUUUAAUGUCUUUCAUGUUUUGGCAUCUCCCAUUCAUGCUGUAAGCCUGCAGCUCAUGGCAGUGACAACCUCAAUUGUGCAAUCAUAUAGUCCAUAUUUCAGUGAGACAUGCUUGAGAGUUACGAUAACUUUAGAAGCUGGGAGAAAAUAUAGGAAUGUUUUGAGUGGAAAAAUGAGGUUUACUAGUAUUCUGUACUCUAAGUCUUCAAAAUUAUGCUCUCGAUCGAAGCAUAAGUUUGUAGGAAAGCUCUUGCAGGAAGUUGAUGGAUAUGAUAGUGCAAGUGAUUUGGGUCGAGCAAAGUUGCUUAAUAAGGUGAGCUAA